AUGCAGAGCUCUAAAUUUUGUCGUCAGACAGACACAACAACCUACCGAUGUGUUUUGCAUUGGAUAGAAUCAGCUAAAACAAAUCCGGAACGAUUUGUAGAAAAUUGUUUAAUAGAAAUUCGAAAGUCAUCAGCUGUCUUUCAUUACGUUCAGAGCAGCCACAAUCCAGCCGACAUAGCAACCAGGUGGAUUUUACAACAUGAUUUGAAAAAUGAACAGUUAUGGUGGACGGGACCGACAUGGUUAGCAAAAGAAAAGGCUGAAUGGCCGCAGUGGCCACCUUCAAGAAGAACUGAACUUCACGAAUUGGAGACGAAGAUUUUGAGUAUUCAGGACAAAGAAGUGAACCUUGGCAUACACAGAGAAGUUGUAGAAAUUAAGAAGUAUCCUAUACAUGAACUCUUUGAUGUCAAUAGAUGUGGUAGCUGGUACAAAUAUCUACAUGCGAUCAUAUAUGUACUGCGUUUUAUUAAACUUACUUCAAGCAACAAAGUCGGCAGUACUAAGCAAGUGUCAUCCAGCGGUUUCAUUGCACCUGAAGGAUACAAAAUUACAGAAAAGAUUGCUUUUUGCGAGUGGCAAAAGACAUCGACAUCGAACAAAUUUUGGCAACUGUGGCAGAGCGGAUAUUUGUCUUUGCUACGAGACAGAACACAAAGGCGUCACCGGCGACCGCGGAGCUUGAACCAACCGAGAGGAGUCUGGAAAAUUGAAAAAAUUGUGAAAUUGUAUUUGGGACACGGAAAUGUAAUUCGUACAGCUUCAGCCCGGAUGCCAAGUGGUCAUAUAUUGACAAGGCCUAUUAGCUAUCUGCCGCCGUUAGAAAUUACAAGAGAAAUGCAAGUUCCAGCAGUAACAGAUCCAAAUACUGAAGAAGCAGUUGAAUCUAUUUCGUAA